UCCGUCAUGAACUUCCUGGACACCUGCUCCAGCUUCCAAUCGGACCUGGAUUUCUGUCCAGACUGCGGUUCGGUUCUACCUCUUCCUGGGGUUCAGGAUACGGUCAUCUGUGCUCGCUGUGGCUUCUCCAUUAACGUGCGAGAUUUUGAAGGGAAAGUUGUGAAAACUUCAGUUGUGUUCCACAAACUGGGAACAGCUAUGCCUACGUCGGUGGAGGAAGGACCUGAGUUCCAGGGGCCUGUGAUUGACAGACGCUGCUCUCGAUGUGGUCAUGAGGGAAUGGCUUACCAUACCAGACAGAUGCGCUCAGCUGACGAAGGGCAGACUGUCUUCUACACCUGUACCAACUGCAAGUUCCAGGAGAAAGAAGACUCUUGA